UUUGGAAGUUACCACUCCAGCUACCUAAAUAGCUUUAAUGCUGAACGGUUAAUUGGGGAGUAAACCCCCCUCUCUGUACCAGGAUGCUCCUUGUUGUGCUGGUAUGCAGCCUGUCCGUGUCACUGGCUGCUACGGGGCAGCAGACCGACGACGACUGGAUAGACCCUUAUGAUAUGCUCAACUACGAUUCAAGCACCAAAACGAUGAGGAAGCCUGCAGAGAAGGAAGAAAUGGAAAAGAAAAUCCAGCUCAUCUUACAGCAGCCCUUAUGCAGUCCAGUGUUUAUGCGAUUCCUUAGGAGACUCAAAAAGGAUAUACAAAGAGUUGGUUUGCCCAGUGACUUCACAGAGGCUCUCUAUGAUGCCAGGAUCAAACUGUCCAGACAAGACAUGACAGAGAUUGACAGACUUCUGGAUGGUGAAGACAGCUGGAGAACAGGGCCUCUGGACAAUGCCAUCAGUCAGAUACUAGUGGAUCUCAGACCACAUGACCGUGAGGUUUGGAGGUGGCAUUUUGAAGACACCUUUGGUGUGGAGCUUGACACACUGUUAAAAAUGUUGCUGCUUGUUCUGUUUGUAGUGGCCAUCAUAUGCACUCAGCUGUGGUCAAUGGUGUCCUACUUCACGCAGUUUAGGAGACUGUUUGUUGUAUUCUUCUUUAUCAGUAUAUUCUGGAACUGGUUCUAUCUGUACAAAAUUGCCUUUGCUGAACACCAAAACAACAUAGCGAAGAUGAAUAGUGUGUAUGAAAAAUGCACUGGAAUGAAGAAAAUAGGCUGGAUUGAUAGCUUGAAAGAGUGGUUCAGAAGCACCUUCACUCUUCAAGAUGACCCUUGUAAGAAAUACUAUGAAGACAUCAUGGUCAACCCCAUUCUUAUGGUACCUGCAAUCAAGGCGUUCACAGUUACCAUCACAACCCUCUUUACAGAGUCUUUAAACUCAACAGAAAUAAUGAUUUGACAUUUAUCAUGAUGAUUUCAAAUGAUUUGAUGAAAUUUUUUUUAUCGUGAUAACAUUUUUGGCCAUGUCGCACAGGCCUAAUAUACUAACGUAACCUCCAUCUACUACUAAACUCUGGUCAAACAAAGUGCAUGCUUUUCAACUGAUCGCUUCCCACACCGGCUUGUCUGACUAGCAUCACAACGCUAGAUGGGUCAGUAUUAGAAUAUGUGGACACUUACAAAUACUUAGGUGUUUGGAUAGACAGUUCCCUCUCUUUCCAGCCCAACAUAAACCACCUUCAAUCUAAAAGUAUGUCCAGAAUCGGUUUCCUUUUCUGCAACAGGGUCUCGUUCACCCAUGCUGCCAAACCUGCCUUGGUAAGAAUGACUGUUCUACCCAUGCUAGAUUUCAGGGAUGUCAUAUACAGAUCUGCCUCAAACUUUCUUGUGAAAAAACUGGAUGUGGUCUACCACAGUGCCAUCCGUUGUUACCGGCACCCAAUUUAAUACCCACCACUGCGACCUCUAUGCAUUAGUCGGCUGGCCGUCGUUACAUAGCCUACUCGACACCUAACUCAUUGGUACCAACUUAUUGUGUGUACAUAGUGCUUGCUAGGCAGAGCCACCCUAUACCUAUGCUCACUGGUGUCUAUAUCAUUACCCACCCGCAGCCUGCGCUCAAGCAGGUACAUCUCUCUGGUCACCCCAAAAGCCCAUACCACCUUCGGUCGCCACUUCAAGUUCUCCGCUGCCAACGACUGGAAUGAGUUACAAAAACCCCUCAAGCUAGAGACCCGCAUCCCCCUCACUGCCUUUUAAAGCACAUCUGUCUGAACUCUUAUCCGAUCUAUGUCUAUUGUUGGAGCCAUUCUGUGUAUAGCCAUGGGUUGGCGCUGUGUGCAGCCACAAGUCUACUUAAGACAUUGGGUAAUUAGUGCAGGUGUGGCGCACUGCGAGGUGCAUGGUUUUUGACCGUGAGGCACGGCGUGUAAUUAUGGAGACUGACUUGAGUUAAGUUAUUAUUGAAUAAAUGUUUUAUUUUUUGUUAUGUUAAUAAAUGGAUUGGCAUAUCCGACGUUAA